AUGACUCCUAUUCAACAACUGACCAUUCCAACUGCUCUCGGAGAGAAAGGAAAAGGUAAAGACUUUAUUGCUCAAGCAGCCACAGGACAAGGAAAAACUUUGGCCUUCCUCAUUCCAUCACUCUCUUGCAUGUUAGAAAAUGAAAAGAAUGUUCAAGGAAUUUACAUUCUCGUGUUGGCUCCAACAAGAGAAUUAGCCUUACAAAUUCAACAAGUUGCUGACAAACUCUUAAAACACACCGAAUAUAAGGCCGCUUGUGUCAUUGGAGGAAACAAAGUCUCUGCGGAACAGGCUGAAUUGGCCGAUGAAAAAGAGAAUUUUGAUCCUUCCCAUUUGAAAUAUUUCAUUUUGGAUGAAGCAGAUCGAUUGUUGGACAGUGGUUUUGAAGAAACUUUGAAAAAGAUUGUCAUGCAACUUCCCAAGCAACGUCAAACUUAUCUCUUCUCUGCAACCAUGACGGAUAAAGUUGAAGAUUUGGCUCAUAUUUCACUCAAGAAUGAUAUUGUGAAACUUGGUUUAGAUGAUGCAAAUUCAAAGAAGGUUUCUACAUUGGAACAAAAGUAUUAUCAAGUACCAAAUGAUAAGAAACUUGCAGCACUGGUUUCAGUGCUGAGAAAUAAUGUUGAUAAGAAAAUUAUUGUAUUCGUGAGCACCAAAUUAUCAGUUGAAUUUGUGACUUGCGUUCUUGAAAAUACUUCAAAUAUUGGAAAAGUUGUGCAACUCUCAGGUAACAUGAACCAAAAUAAGAGAAGUGAAAUUUUCUUCCAGUUCAUGGAAGAUAAGAAUCCAGGAGUACUUGUUGCUACCAAUGUUGCUGCAAGAGGACUCGAUUUCCCUAACGUUGAUUUAAUCGUUCAAUUUGACAUUCCUGAACAACCAGCCGAUUAUUUCCAUAGAGCUGGAAGAACUGCCAGAGCUGGUAAGAAAGGUGUGUCUGUCUUGUUCUUGACUCCAAGAGAAAAAGAAGUUGCUCUCUCCUAUUUUAACAUGAUGUUAAAUAGUGACAAGGAAGAAGAGAAAGAUUGGGAAAAACUUGAAGAAUUAGAAAAUAAUGUCACAGAUAGACAAAUGAAUGAUAUCCAUAGGGAAGUGCAAAGUAUUGUCUCGAAUAAUCAGUUGACCAGAGACGUCUUCAAACUUGUGAAUACUUAUGGAAGUGUUUUCAACAUGUUUGCUAGAAAAUUAGGUUUCAAAAUGAAUGAUUUUGAUGAAGAAGGAUUAAAAUCAUCGUUUGGAUUGGGAGGUAAAGGAGGAAGUGGCAACUUUAAGAAGAGCUUUGAUAAAUCCCAAUCAUUUAAUAAGGGUGGAUACAACAAGUUUAAUAAGGAAGAAGAGAAUGAAGAAGAUUCUAUUGAAACUUCCACAAAUAAUGGUAAAAGUGACCGCAAUGGACAUGACACCAAUGGAGACUCCAAUAAUGAAGAAAAUGGCUCAAAGAAGAGAGGUCUAAUGGAAUUUCUUGAAUCCAAGAGCCCUAAGAACAAUGGAAGUUUCAGAGGUGGACGAGGACGAGGCGGAAGGGGAGGAAAUUCCUAUUCAGGUGGAGGUUACAAAGGAGGAAGAAAUAACUCUUGGUCAAACAAGUCAUCGUCGUGGUCCAAUAAUAAUGGCAAUGGUGACAACUCAGAGUCUGUGAAACCAGCCCACAAGAAGCACAAGAAGUUCUAG